UUCUCUGCCUCAGCCCCCUUGGAGACCCGGGUCCGUCCAGUCCCCUCUGGGGCUAGGACUACCCUCAGAGACCUCCAGCAAGGACCCUGGACCUGAGACCCUUACCCUCUCUGGACCAGGACCUCAGCCACCAAGGACCUCUGCCCUUCUCUCUGGGCUCCGAAUGCCAUCCCCUCCAACAAUGUCUCCUGACUGACUGAUGACAUAUAUCCUUCCUGAACGCCCUUUGGGAAGUCCUACCCCAACCUCCUUCUGACCCUGGUGCCCAAUGAGAACCCUGAAUCUCCAGACCCCUCAGGGUGUCAUCACUAAAGACCUUACUGCCAGGAGAGAUCCCUCAGUUAUGGGUACACUACGCCACUGACUGACGCGGGCAAGGUCUUUUCCAUCGCCUUUGCGCUCCUGGGCGUGCCGGCCACCAUGCUGCUGUUGACUGCCUCUGCCCAGCGCCUGUCACUGCUGCUGACCCACGCGCCCCAGUCCUGGCUGGGCAUGCGCUGGGGCUGGGACGCCCGGCAGGUGGCCCGCUGGCACCUGGUGGUUCUGCUGGCGAUCGUGGUGACCACCUGCUUCCUGGUGCCAGCCGCAAUCUUUGCCUACCUUGAGGAGACCUGGAGCUUCCUGGAUGCCUUCUACUUCUGCUUCAUCUCUCUGUCCACCAUUGGCCUGGGUGACUAUGUGCCCGGGGAAGCCCCUGGCCAGCCCUACAGGGCCCUCUACAAGGUCCUGGUCACAGCCUACCUCUUCCUGGGCCUGGUCACCAUGGUUCUGGUGCUGCAGACUGUCCGCCACGUGUCCGACCUUCAUGGCCUCACAGAACUCAUCCUGCUGCCCCAUCCGUGCCCUGCCAGCUUCCAUGACGAUGAGGAUGAUCGGGUGGAUAUUCUAGGCCCCCAGUCAGAGCCACGCCAGCAACUCACCACCAGCUCCCACCCUGACUAUGCCUCCAUCCCCAGGUAGCUGGGGCAGGCACCUUGAGACUGGAUGGACCACAUGACUACAGCUGACAUACUAGACCGUCAUGGGCACAUGCCAGUGCUUGUGAGAGCACUGCCACCAACUGUCCAUCCUUUGUCGUACCUGCCCUGGGCUCCCCAAACACCUGCAUUGCUUUGUUCUCCUGGCCCCUUCUCUCAUCUCCCACACACUCUGUGCCUCUUUGGCUUCCUCACUGUCUGUCUAUCCUUCUCAACAUCUCUUUGUUUCUUACUCUUUUAUUUUUAAACAUAUUUGCACACUUAGAGAUAUCUUCUCUUUUU